UUCUGGCGGGACCAGCCCCGCCAGACCUACACCAGCAGCGUGGACAUCCGCCCAGAGUGGCACGUACUGGGCGACGUCAUCAACCUGUCAGCCCUCAACAAGCUCUCCAAGCAGGUGGACGAGCCCGAGCAGCUCACAAGCUGCGGCUCUCUCGCUUUCUACGACAAGUCCGCCGACCGCGUCACGCCCAAGACCCCCGCCAAGCUGCGCAAGACAGGGCACCGCACCCGCUCCUCCACCGCCUCUGAGGACGCCAUCAUGCGGCGCCUGGUGCAGCAGUGACCGAUGACGUGCUGGUGACGCUCAUGUGCGCCUCCCGCUCCACAUACCCCUGGGACCUCGUCAUCACCAAGCGCGGCGACGUGCUGGUGUUUGACAAGCGCACCAACAGCAGCCUCGACUUCCUCACGAACGGCGAGACGGCGCCCGACCCGCUGCCCGAGGAGAAGGACAACAUUAACGGCUUGCAGCAGCUGAGCAUGGAGGCGACGUCUGUGAACCAGGCGUUCCGGGAGCAGGUGCUGCUGGGGGAGGGGGAGCGGCAGCCCCUGCAGGAGGCCUGCCCCGCCGACCUGGGCCCUCAGGGCGGCGGCUACAAGUACUGCAAGUGGCAGCUGGGCGGCGCCGCCGUGGUGGUGCGCUGCGCCGUGGACGCCGCCGUGCGGCUGGGCGACUCCACGCAGCUCGUGGCGGUGCACGCGCUCAACGAGUUUGACCCCAAGUGGUCGGGCGUGGACUGGCGGCAGAAGCUGGAGAACCAGCGCGGCGCGGUGCUGGCCACGGAACUGAAGAACAACGCCAACAAGAUUGCCAAGUGGACGGCGGCGGCGCUGGUCACCGGCAUCGACCAGAUCAAGCUGGGCUACGUGACGCGUGCGCUGCCUCGCGACAACCGCAACCAUCUCAUCCUGGGCACGCAGGCGGUGAAGCCGCGGGACUUUGCCAUGCAGAUGAACCUGAACAUGGACAACUGUUGGGGCAUCAUCUCCGGGCUGGUCAACCUGUGCCAGGAGCAGCUGGAGCACGACGGCAAGUACCUGCUGGUCCGGGACCCCAACAAGCCGCAGCUGCGCCUCUACGCCAUCCCUGCGGAGGAGCUGCACUAUGCUGGGGAGGCGGCGGCGGCAGCGGACAAGGAGGCAGAAGACAAGGACGAGGACUGAGCUGCGCUCGCGCCGCCGCAGCAGCAGCCCUGAUGCCACAUCCCUGUCUCCCGCCCCGUUUCAUGCCGGUGUUCAAGUCCUGCGUGCCUGGUUGCCUGGGUGUCAGCAUGGACAGCUGUGGCGUGCUCGGCAGGGGCC